AUGUUUACGGCCAUAUAUAUCCUUAAUAAGCGCCUGACCCCUGUUGAGAAGCUGUACCACCUUAGGCAAAAAACGCAAGGGGAGGCCAAAGAAAUUGUACAAAGGUGUCAGUUGACCAAUGAUGGUUUUCAAACCGCUUGGAAAAAUCUAUGCGACAGAUACGAAAACAAACGUAUUCUGGUCAAUAGUCAAUUAAGGAUUUUAUUUAAUUUGAAAGCAGUUGAGAGUGAAUGCGGUAGCUCCAUUAAGAAGCUGCAACGUGAUAUCAACAACUGCAUCUCGGCGCUUCAAUGUCACCAGAUUGACAUUUCCAGCUGGGAUGCGAUAUUCACGUAUCUGUGCUCGACAAAACUGCCAGAACAUACACUGGCACUAUGGGAGCAAACCAUAGAGGAAAGAACGGAAGUAUCAAAAUGGGAGGACAUGGAUAAUUUCUUAUCAAGUAGGUUUCAGACCCUGGAGACAGUAAAGGGCAUUAGGGAGAGCAAGCCAAAUAAAGCCCCUAAGCCACAAAACAUACGUCAGUCUUCAGAAUGGACUCCAAAAAGGCUUGGCGCUUUCCAAGCCAGCGUGGAAAAACCCACUUGCAAAAUGUGCCAUAGCCAUGAGUACAGGCUAAAAAGGUUUGACAAAUUUCACAAUUUAACACCACUAAAGCGGCUCGAAUUUAUUAAGAGCAUCCACAGUUGCUUGAAUUGCUUGUCAGCCGGACAUACGGUCACUAAAUGUACCAGUCCGUUUAAUUGCAGUAUGUGUCAUUCAAGACAUCACACGUUGCUGCAUAUGCAAGCAACUCAGCCAAAAGCAACAGCUCUUAAUGCACCUCCAAGCCCGUCCGACGAUAUAGCCUCUACUUCUGAGCAAGCAAGAAGGCGAGAAGCUGCGAAAAAGAAUAAAGCAGUUAAUAAAGUUAAUUCAUGUCAUGCAAACUCAAAUAAAGGAGUACUAUUAGGAACGGCACGGGUCAACAUUCAUCAUAAUGGUGUAAAUUAUUCAGCGAGAGCGCUCAUUGAUUCUGGUUCUGAGUGUUCUUUCAUAACCGAAAGACUCAAACGAAGAAUCAACCUGCCAUCGAAACCCUUGCAUGCCCAAGUUUCGGGCAUCAAUAAUACAAUAUCUGCGCAGGUAAAAGAAGCGUGUGCUAUUCAUUUGCGAUCUCCUACGGAUCCGUUAAUCAAUAUAAACACAACCGUAUUAGUUUUGCAACAAUUGACAGGGGAUUUGCCGACUUGCCAAGUAAGCGCCAUGAUGCGGCAAGCAUUCCCAGACUUGAUUUUGGCGGACAAGAGAUUCUUCGUCAACGAGCCCGUUGACCUCGUCUUAGGCGGAGACGUCUACCCCCAAAUCAUUUUAAGCGGGUUAAAGAAGAACAUCCUAAAUACACUUCUCGCCCAAGAAACCGUGUUCGGUUGGAUACUGACUGGUCAAGCGGAAUCAUUGAAUCCAACCAAUAAAAUAGUAUCAUUUUUUAAUGAAGUUACUGUGGAUAAACAGUUAACGGCCUUCUGGGAGCUAGAAGAUAUCCCCAAGAAAAGAAGUAUGAAUGCCGAUGACAUAUAUUGUGAAAGGCUUUUCAAAGCAACGACAAAGCGAAAUGAUGAUGGGAAGUACAUUGUCUCCUUACCCUUCAGGCAAGAUUUUCCAAAUAAUGUUUGUCUAGGACCAUCACUAAAAAGCGCUUGCUCUCAGUUCUACCGGAACGAGAUGCGACUAGCAAAAAAACCUGUUCUUCAAACAGAGUACAACCGGGUUUUAUGUGAAUAUGAAACAUUAGGCCACAUGUCAAAGAUUACAACUAGCGUAUCACCAGAAUCAACCGACUGUUAUUUCCUACCACAUCAUGCUGUGUUAAAGGAGGAGAGUGCCACAACAAAGGUCAGAGUGGUAUUUAAUGCAUCAUGCCCAACCGCCAACGGCAUGAGUUUAAAUGACGUCCUCCUUCCAGGUCCUGUACUUCAGGCCGAUUUAACUAUCCUCAUACUCCGUUGGAGACUGUUCCAAUACGUCUUCAACAGCGAUAUAGAGAAAAUGUAUCGGCAAAUAUUUGUAAAUGAGAAUCAAACGAAAUAUCAGCGCAUAGUUUUUCGCACCUGCCCAAGAGAACCAAUUAGCUUAUACGAAAUAAAAACGGUGACUUUUGGCAUAAACUGUGCUCCUUAUCUCGCGAUAAGGACAUUGCAUCAACUAGCUGAUGAGGUUGAGAGCUCUUUUCCAAUCGCAUCCGAAAUUUUGCGAAAGUGUAUGUACGUGGACGACGUACUUGCUGGAGGACACAGCAUCGAAUCAGCGAUUAAAGCUCGAGAAGAAAUACUACAGGUACUGGAUUCAGCAGGGUUCCCGUUAAGAAAGUGGACUUCGAACUCCAGCAAAAUACUUGAAGGUGUACCGAAAUCUCAUUUACUCACCGAAGAUUUUCUAGAGUUUGAAGAUACUAGUGCGGUAAAAGCACUUGGCAUCAGAUGGAAUGCCAAAUCUGACUACUUCUAUUUCACAGCAAAACCAAUAGAAAAUCGUGACGUCAUCACCAAAAGAGCGAUACUUUCAGCUAUCGCCAAACUGUUUGACCCGCUCGGUUGGCUCGCUCCAGUGGUUAUUGUCGCCAAGAUCAUUAUGCAAAAUAUUUGGUUGGAGGGAACUGGUUGGGACGAAACCGUGACUCCGACCACAUUAGAUCGUUGGCAGGCAUUUAUGCACGACUACAUGGACAUUAAUACCAUUCGCAUACCAAGAUGGGUCCAUUUUACGCAAACAGAUGACGCCGAAAUACAUGGAUUCAGUGACGCUUCGGAGAAAGCAUACGCGGCGACUGUUUUCUUAAGAGUGAAGACUGCGGAAAGAGUUUUUGUCAGCCUUCUAAUGGCAAAAACGAGGGUAGCGCCCGUCAAAACAGUAUCGUUACCCCGUUUAGAACUCUGCGGCGCAGUUUUGCUUUCGGAAACCUUAGAAGCAGUCGUCGAAAAUCUGAGUCUUGGACAUAUGAAAAUAAAUCUCUGGACAGAUUCGACAAUAGUCCUAGCAUGGAUCCGGAAACCACCGUGUUCGUGGUCAACUUUCGUUGCUCACCGAAUAAUAAAAAUUGUAGACAAGGUGGGAACCGACAACUGGCGUCAUGUGGAUUCGGCAUCAAACCCAGCAGAUCUGGCCAGUAGAGGACUCUCGGCUAGUGAACUAGUCAACAACUCCUUGUGGUGGCAGGGUCCUUCUUGGUUACAAGAAGACAAGUCAAAAUGGCCAGCACAAGAAGCGAACUACGACACAAUCAUAGAGGAAAAAAGGGUGCAAGUUCACGCAACAACUAGCACAAAUAACUUUGAAAUUCUCGACAGAUUUUCAGAUUUCUCAAGAGCUUUGAGGGUCAUCUCAUAUAUUAUGAGAUUCUAUCAAAGAACUCACCCCAGUACAAAAUCUUCCUUUAGAGCGGAGUCUUCAUUAAUUUCGUCGGCCGAAAUUAAAACAACGACACAACGCCUAAUAACCAUUUAUCAACAACGACACUAUAGAGAAGAAUAUGAACAAUUGAAAUCAGGUAAAUCCAUCGAGGCGAAAAGCGAGAUUUUGCCCCUUAAUCCAUUCAUCGACAAGGAUGAUGUUAACUCGGCUUAUUGUCCAGUUCGUCCAUAA